AUGUAUCCUACACUGCUUGUGUUUGCUAGCCUUGUGGCCGCCAUCGCCAGUGUUGGCUCUCAGGACACCUCCUCAACCGGUUCACCUGUGGACGCCUGGAGGACGGUGACUCUGCAAAACAAAUUUUACCUCAUCUACCGUUCCUAUAAAAAUGAUGAAGGCCUCGGGGGCACCGGGGAAUGUGUCACCAUACAAUUGUCCGAGAAAGACGACGCAACCAAGACUACGAAGAGCAGAAUGACGUACAAGAACCCUGAGACGUCCGAAUUGACAGAAAAGAAUGUGCGUAUCAAGGUGACUUCUUCAGGCGGCGACACCAUCGAAAUGAGCAAUACAGAGGGAGGUGACACAUCGACCACUAGAGUUCAGUUCGUUUAUUCGGAUUACGGAACCUGUGACGUGGCUGUCGUUUUGGGAACAGACGAAAAAAGUAAGUAG